CAUCAUGGACUCCAAGUGGAAAGGACAGCGGAGGUGCCCCACAGCUAAAAGGAGCAAGAUGGUUUUCAUACGAUGAGCUCAAGAAAUGCACUAGUAACUUUUCGCAAAGCAAUCAGAUUGGUUCUGGAGGCUAUGGCAAGGUAUAUAGAGGAGUACUCUCCACUGGACAGGUAGUAGCGAUUAAAAGAGCUCAACAAGGUUCAACACAAGGCGGGCUCGAGUUUAAAACUGAAAUCGAGUUGCUCUCAAGAGUUCAUCACAAAAAUCUUCUUGGCCUCGUCGGAUUCUGUUUCGAACAAGGGGAACAGAUGUUGGUUUACGAGUUUAUGGCCAAUGGAACAUUAAGAGAGAGCUUAUCAGGAAAAAGUGGAGUUCAUCUCGAUUGGAAAAGAAGGCUAAGAAUCGCGCUCGGUUCGGCCAGAGGAUUAGCUUACCUACACGAGCUCGCAAAUCCACCAAUCAUUCAUAGAGAUGUCAAGUCUUCAAACAUUUUGUUAGACGACAAUCUCACGGCAAAAGUUGCAGAUUUCGGCUUGUCCAAACUAGUAUCCGACUCUUCUAAAGGCCACAUCUCGACUCAAGUCAAAGGCACACUAGGCUAUCUCGACCCAGAAUACUACAUGACACAACAGCUGACAGAGAAAAGCGACGUUUACAGCUUUGGGGUCGUUAUGCUCGAGCUCAUCACAGCCAAGCAGCCGAUCGAGAAGGGAAAAUAUGUUGUUCGAGAAGUGAGAGCAUUGAUCGACAAAAACGACGAGACACAUUAUGGUUUAGCCGAAAUCAUGGACCCCAUUAUAAGAGGCGCGCCGUGCCUCGUGGGAUUCCACAGGUUUAUCGAGCUGGCCGUGCAGUGUGUGGAGGAAUUGGCCUCCGACCGGCCCACGAUGGCUGAGGUCGUAAAGUCUCUCGAGAAUAUUUUGCAGAAUGAUGGCUUGAACACGAACUCGACCUCGGCUUCAUCGUCCAGAACUGAGUUUAUUGGUAGUGGCAAAGGUUGUCUGAAGCAUCCUUAUAGUGAUGCUUUUGAUUACAGUGGUGGGUAUACACUUCAAGCUAAAGUUGAACCCAAGUGA